AUGAAUGACGACAACAAUGGAAGAGACCCAAACGUAUCACCCACCCUAAGCAAAUCCAGUCAAGAACUAGACUUUGAGGAUGAAGAAGAUGAAAGGCAGGAGAAAGAUUCCGAUUCUUUCAGCCUCCUCUCCGAGGACUCCAUCUUCCCAGACUAUGAAGUUGCUCCAUCUGACAGUGAGGACAACCAAGCGAUCACCUUGUACUGGUGCUGUGUCAAGAAUAAAGCAAAGCUAUUGCAGGAUAAACUUGACAGGGGGGUGACCAGGGAAGAAGCCAUGGAGUUGGAUAUCAACGGAAAGAACGGCCUCUUGGUAGCAUGUUUCCGGGGUUUCAAAGAUAUUGUCGUUCUUCUCAGUAAAUGCUCCUACAUAGAUGUCAACCACCAGGAUAACGAUGGAAACACAGCACUUAUGGUGGCAGCCCAAGCAGGACACGUUACCAUUUUGAACUAUCUUCUGAAUUACUAUCCAGGAGUAGACAUUGAGAUGCAGGACGACAGAGGCCUGACUGCACUCAUGAAGGCUGCAAUAAGAGGGAAGGACGAUUGCAUUGCAGCUUUGCUCAUGGCAGGAGCUGACGUUGCCGCUGUGGACCCCGUGAAAGGAAAAAACGCACAGGAAUGGGCAGCCAUGACUGGAUGCUUUGAAACUAUCAUGCGGAUCAGAAUCCUUUUGCAACGCCCCUGUGCCCAGCAAUUCUCUAACAAGUACUUGCCGGAGUGGCCCCCUUUGCCUGAACUGGUGGCCCAAGCGACGGCUACAAAAUCCAGAGCCAAGCGUCUCUCUGAUCACAUUUGCUCCAUGUUUACCAUCCGUUUCCCGCAAGACGCCGAGGCGGAUGGGGUGAUGGAUCACAUGGUGCGCAUGACCACGUCCUUGGCCAGCCCAUUUGUGACCACGGCUUGUCAAACGCUCUGUCCUGACAGCCCACCGGAAGUAGGCAAGCAGAGACACUCAGUGCCAGAAAUUCUCAACCAGUACGUACCUGAUCCCGAUGCCAAAUCAGUAAACAGCAGGUCGUGCAGCAGUAGCCAGUUCAGGACCCAAACCCUGAUACCGUAUCAAUCCCCUAGUCCCAUUGUGAAGUUUCUGUCCCUUCCUAUGCGAUUCAACAGCUCGAUUCCAAAAAUUAAGCUCAGCAAGUCUUCUUCCCAGUCAACUCCUGAAGAGAACAAACCACCCAAGACUAAAAACAAGAAUGCACUGCAGGUGCCUAAAUGGCGAUACAAGGAGCUGAAAGAAGAGAAGAAGAAAUCUGAGGAAGCAGCAGGGCAGAAGAAGAAGCCAGACAAGGCUAAAGGAAAAGACAAAUAG